AUGUCGGAGGCGGCGGGUGAGGCGGCAUAUGGCGCGGACAUGCCCGAGAGCCCGCUUCAUCCUCAGCCACAACCCAUCGUUGGUGCCCGCCUGGACGACGCCCACGAAGAUGGUACCAAGCCGCCAGCUAUCUUCCCGGCACCAUAUCCUAUUGGUGUUGUCGCUUCCCCGACACCUGUUCUACCCCCGGGCUUCACGUUGGGAUUGUGGGGCGUAGGCGUCGUGAGGCCCCAGGCACCACUGCCGUCGCCAUUACCGCCACCACCCUUUGAGAAUUCAAAACAACGGGCCAAGAAGAAGAGGGUAUGGCCGCCGAGGUCCACAACCAGCAAGAAGCAGCGGGAGUUGGCAGUAGCAGAGCCAGAUGCGACUGGAUUCGUUCCUCAGGUCAUCACAAUCCAAGGUGGAGAGGAUGUAGCAGCGAAAGUCAUCUCCUAUUGUGGGAAUGGGUGGGCAGUUUGUAUCCUGUCUGCCGAGGGCGCUGUACGCAAUGUGACACUGAAGCAACCAGCUUCUUCCUGUGGAACUGUUAUUUAUGAGGGCUAUUUUGACAUUGUCUCUUUGUCUGGCGUGUAUCUGCUGUCAAAAAGUAAUGGACUGAGCACUCUAAAAGGUGGAUUCAGUAUUUCGCUUGUUGGUCAUGAUGGCUCUCUCUUCGGCGGUGGGUUAGCAGGACCUCUGAUUGCAGCUUCACCUGUUCAGGUGGUCUUUGGAAGGUUUGCCGCUGAUGAAAAAGAGGAGAUCAAACAGGAUGUGGCCAGUGGAAGGUUUGCAGCUGAUGAAAAAGAGGAGAUCAAACAGGAUGUGGCCAGUGGAGGGUUUGCAGAUGAUGAAAAGGAGGAGAUCAAACAGGAUGUGGCCAGUGGAGGGUUUGCAGCUGAUGAAAAAGAGGAGAUCAAACAGGAUGUGGCCAGUGGAACUCCAGGUGCUACUACACCGACUGCUGCCCCGAAUGAAACCUCCAGUGGCCCAGGAAGCCCAUCAAACUAGAGUCCGGCUUGCACAUUCAACACAGAUUUCCUAUUUCCAGAUGCCAGUCAGCUUAAAUUCCUAGCUUUUCGCUCCUAGCUCCAAAUGCUUAUUCUUCCCUACUAUUUCCAGACGCUUAGCUUUCUGCUCGUACUUGUUGAACUUUUCAGUCUCGUUAUAUGUUGUAUGGCCCAUGCGUGUGGUCAAGUUAUGUUUUUGAACCUGAA